UAUAAUGUACCUUAUUUAUCCAGUAAAUGGUGUAACAAUAGGUACACAAUUAACAUGUACUCGAGUAGAGGAAUGAAGAUUUUAUUUUAAUUGCCAUGGCAACGGAUUACAGUACUGAAUACAAACACAGUGUUUCAAAGUGAGAACUAGGAAGGAAGUGAAAAGUUAGUUUAUCAUACUUUAGGUAGUAGAAAUAAUUAGUAUAAACUAUAAAUUGAUAUAUGUACUUAGUGAAUGCAGAUAAUGAUGAAAAUUUUCUAUUAUUUAUACAACACUUGUUGAUCAUUUUUACAAUUCUGUUGAUACCCGCACGGCCGUGUGAUUUUAUAAUAUUAUUAUAUCGAUUGUGUGAAUGUCUGCUGUGAAAUCAAAGAUGUUUGGUCUGAGAGAAAAAUUAAACUAGUUAUAUUAUAAAAUAAAAAAAAUCAAUAAGUACAUAUUGGUAGGUGAAAACUUUUUUUUAUUAUUAUUUGAAGGGACUAUUCACCUGAUAAGGGUGACUUAGGGUGUUAGGCCCUAGCAACGGCAGUGCCUAUUGUCCUAUUAUGUAUUUAAUAUUAUAGUAGUUAGGUUAAAUUGUAUUGGCUAUGCAGUAUUAUUCUUACUUCAAUUACACAAUGCGAUUGUCGUGUAUUGCAUUGGGUGAUAUAUCGUUUCGUUUGGCCUGGCUAAACUGCGGAUUUGAUAUUUUCGUGUACAGUGUGGCCGACUUUUGACGGAUUCGAGUAAAAGUGAGAUCCGAAAAUAAUCCUAAGACAAUUAUACAACAUGAGUCAAAAGAGCUGCAACAACAACCGUCGUCCGAAUCCCGCAAAGGUAUACGAGGCGUUGCACAAGAAGCGCGCGGCCGAGUGCGAAGCUAGAGAGCAAUGGGCCGGUGUGACGCAGUACUUCAAGACGUGGGAGAACAACUCGAACAAGUUCACCAGUUGGACUUCUCCGCAAUACUACAAAAAAAGUUCCGAGCUACAAUUGGAAAUGCGAAGACGAGAACAGCAAAAACUCGAGGAAGAACAAGAAGAAUUGCAAAAGUGGCGCAAAAAAUUACGGGACAGACAGCUUGAGGACGAGGAAUUUAAGAAAGGACAAAUGAAAAAGAAACCCGUACCACUGUCGAGACCGAAUUCAGCCGGGCAAAAAACACCUUGCGAAGAAAUGGCCAUGGAAUUGAAACGAAAACACGACGCAGUUACAGACAGGGAGAUUGAGUUGAGACUUCACGUGCGAUCCAAAUCGUGCGAUCCUAAACAGGCCAAACAAUACGAAAUGCGAGAGCGUGAGCGGUCGUCAGAGUCUUCGUGGGACGACCGGAUGGAGGAGAAAAAGUCCGCGGACCAAAAACGGCGAGAACGAUCAGAACAGGAACAGCAGUUGAGCGAGGAACGGUCGGCAGCCGAUCGAUUUGCCGAAGUGGAAAAACACCGGACACGACAAGAUCGGGCGGCUCAGUUAAAAGACGAGCUCAUCAGUAGUGUGGCCGAAUUAAAAAAUCGUUCUGACCGAUGUGACGAGCUCAAGAGAUUGGAGUCUGCGUACUUGUCUUUGCAAGACCAGGUAGAAGACGAAGUGCGUAAAAAUGAACAGUUGGAACGUAAAAAGGUGCAAAGCUUGUCCAGGGCCAAAGCGCUCCGCCAGUAUUUGACCACAUUGAAGCAGAGAUCCAAGGAGGUGGUCGAGUUUCUACGAGAAGACCGCAAGCUUUUAGACGACUUGGUAUUGACUGUACGUCGCUCAAACGCCGCGGCAUCUGUCAGUCUGGGUAGCAUGGUAGACAACCUCAGAGACAUGUACGACCAGUACGAGGAGGAUGAGAGCCAGCGACUAUACUUGAUGGACUUUAUGUUCGAAGAGGAAGCUCGAAACAUGUGGCGGUCACAAGAGGAACGCUGGCGGAGAGAACAUGCGUUACGCAAGACUGGAAUGGAUGACCUGUUCAUUGCGAUAAAAUCCCAAUUGGAAGAGAACAUUGAUAAAUGCUUGAAUGAGCAGCGAGUCUUGAUCGGUGAACGAGAAAAGCUGAUCAGCAUCAUUGAAAAGGGCAAUGACGAACUGAAACGGUUGGAAGCAGAGUCGGCUGAGUUCUAUGAGCAGCAUCCAGACUACUAUGGCAGUGACGACAACAACAAUGAUGGUGUACGAUCAUCGGAUUCCACGGACUAUAGACAAUUUGAAAAGACCGCGUUGAAGGUAAUGGAUCGUGAACAAAAAUUAAUGGUAGAAAUGGCUCGAAUGAAUUUGUUGAAUGAUCCCAAAUUAACAGAUUACAGAAGAAAGAAAUCAGUUUGGUGAGUUUAUCAUACUUUUGUUUUCACAUUUAAAUUUUAUAUGACUUGUUUAGCAAUUAAUAUGUUUAACUUUGUGUAAUUUUUCUUUUUUUCGCACCGAAGAUUAAUUGAUUUUUAAAUUUUUCUCCAAGAAAAAUUAAUGACGUUAAAAUUUUUUAUUUAGUUGAAUCCUUUUAUUGUUUCAUUUUUGUCAAAUAAUUAAUGAUUUGGGAUUUUGGUAACAACAUAUAUUAUUUAAAUUCUGUGCAAUAUGUUUUAUUUUUUAGACUUUAUUGUUUAACUAACUUUUAUUAACGUAUAAGAUUUAUUGUAAACAUUUGACAUUUUGUUAUUUGGGAAUUAAUGAGUAUGUAUUUUAUGUAUGUAUGUUUUUUAAAUGCAAAUGCAAAUGUCUUUUUGUUUUAAGUGAUUUUUAUUGUGUAAUUGUUUUAUUUUAAUUUUAAAAGAUUAUGUAAUGUAUUUUUAUGAAAUAAACAGUUGAGUGUUUGGGUGAAUGAACACAGAAAUUUAAAUACAAUUUGUUGUAAAUGCUG